AUGUCUACUGAAAUCAUUGAAAUAGUCAAGUCAAACCCCUACUUCGAAAUACUCGAAAAUGGAAAGAUUCGUUGCAAGUUAACCAAUCAUGAAAUGAACCCAGACGUUUCCAAGUAUAAUGAAUACAUUAAGAGCAAGGGUUAUCAAAAAGCAAUAGAAAAGGAUUUUGAUUUCGAUCAAUACAAGCCCCAUAUUGUGCCUUUUAAGGGAGCUGAAGAACACUUCCUUUGGUGCCAUUUAACAUAAACCAAAGUACCAAGAAUGAAAAAUGUCAUUUUAAGACACGUUGAAGGCAAAAAGUACCAAAGACUUCUCUCAUUGUUCAAUCAAAAGAAGCAAGAAAGAGAAUAAAAAAAGAAAAUUACUUUACUUAAGAGUAAAAAACUCACUAAGGAAGAAGAGGAAGAUAAAUUUGAUGAGAAUUUUAUUGACAGAAUGAUUUUCGAAUUUGAAGAAGAUGAAAGAUUAAAUGAUAAAGAUUUGGAUGGAGACGAAAGCUAUUCCAACGACCUUUAUCAAAAAGUACAUGCUAAUUCUAUACAUGAAUAAGACGAUAAGCCAAGUAAAAAAAGCAAAUUGAAUAAAAGACAAAAUGGCAAUAAGGCAAAUGAAGAUGAUGAUAUUGAAGGUGAGGAUGAUGAAGAAGAAGAUAUGGAUGAUGAACAUGAUAAUGAAGAAGAUUUAGAAGAUGAAGAAGACUACGAUUCUGAAAACGAAGAAAUGGAAGAAGAAGAUAGCGAAGAAAAUGAAAACUAAGGAGAUGAAGAAGAGGUAGAUAAUAAGUUAAAUGAAGAAGAAGAAAUCCCUGAUUCAAAAUAAGCUUAAAAAGAAAAUAGUUAAAAGAAUGCCAACAAAUUUAAAAAGAACUUUAAAAAAUUUAAUGGAAAUAAUAAAUAGCACAAUAAUUAGAAUAAUAAUUAGGGAGUAAAUAAAUUUAUUAAAAAGAAUAAAUAAAACCAUUUUAAUAAAUUUAAGCAAAACAAUAACAAUAAAAAGAAAUUUUAAAAAAAUUGA